UGUAACCGCCGAGCCGUGUGUUGUAUGCACAGCAAUUUCACAUUGAGAGGAAGAAGCGAUCUGAAGAGGAAGCGACUCAAAGAAGCCAAAAGAGCGGCGGAGUCCGGAGCUCGUUGGACGUCGCGAAGACCGUCACGCGGAUACUUGUAACUAAAACGAUAUUUACUGACAAUUAGAGCCGUUAAGCUUUGACCUAGCUGGAGGUUUUAAGCGAGGAUCGACAAAGACUUUUCAUCUCUCCUCAUAUCCCGCCCUGUACGGAAAACGGUCCGUGCCAAACUCCGUUCAAAUAUUCGGCAAAUGAAUGUUUCCUCGUUUGUCUACGGACACAUCUGUUAUGCUGGAAGAUGAAAUAACUUCCACGAACAGCUGCAGUUCCUUCAGUAAAAUAAUCAGUGAGCUGAAGGUUCCUGCAGUCGUGGAACAUUGACGGGAGGAACAUGAGUCUGUACAGGCCCACGUGUGGAACCAACGCAGUCUGACCUCUGACCCCCACUCAGCGCUUUCAGUCUAACAGCCAACUCCAUUCAAAAGAGCAAAAUUACUUCAUGACAAAUCAGAGAGCGUGAGGUUAUAAGGCUCUUAUGAAACAGGGCUUUUGAUUCUAUCGAAUUGAUCUGCUGGUUUUAUUUCUGCCGGAGCAGUGAGAUUCGUCCUCUGAUGUCACAGUGCAUCGUGACAUCAGAUUCCUGAGACACAGCUGUGACGUCAUUGAGCCCGCUGCGUAGGGUUAUAUAGAUUAUCGUGCGUCUGCAUUUUCGAUUUUCUCAGAACCGCUGAUCCAAAAACCUUCAGUCGACACUGCGGGUCUUCAGGUCCUCAGCGAUACAGCUGUCAAACCGCCAAGGUUGACGUCAAUCGGUUGUCCCGAAAAUGGCAAACAAAGACAGACGGACAGAGACAGAGGUCCCUCCGUUUAGGUGUAGAGACUGGAGUCAGGUUUCCACUUGAUGCUUAAUGUCUCACCUCUGGUUAAUUUGCCAGAAGAUUCUUCCAUUUUGAUCUUUCACAUAAAUGUGACUUUUUCAAAACGUAUCAGACACACAUUGUCUGGUGGCACCUACAAUAAAACCAGAACCUGGUGUCGGACUCAUAGACCUCCUCAGUAUUGAGUCUGGGGUGCAUUUGUUUUGCAGACAUGUCGGUGCAGGUGUGGUGCCUGUCGUUCCGGCAGCCAUACGCUGGCCUGGUUCUGGAUGGAGUGAAGACGGUGGAGAGCCGCUGGAGGCCCCUGCUGGCCCCGCUGGAGAACCAGACUCUGGCGGUCCACAUCGCCCAGCGGGACUGGGAGGGGGACGAGUGGCGGGCCGUGCUGAGCGGCCUGCUGGGGAUGAACCAGGCUCAGAUCCAAGGGGUCCUGGAGUCUGGGGAGAGAUUUGGCCGUGGCGUGGUAGCAGGAUUGGUGGAUGUGGGAGGGACCUGGUUCUGCCCCGCCUCCCUACAGGUGGAGGAGCUACAGCACCUGGAGCGGUCAGCCGUCCUGAUUGGUCUGCAGGAGAAACACCUGACGCACCUGUCCAACCCUCGCUGGCUGAAGGAGCCGCUGAGCGCCCGAGGAGGUCGCGACCUCUGGACAGUGGAGAUCCCUUCUGAGUUGUUACCGUGACGACGCACAAUGCACACUGAUUACUAUGUGUUUUCGGACCAACUUUUUAAAAACGUCUUCAUGUAUUUGGAACAGCAGAGUUUUUGUUUUCAGCUCUGUGUGUGUGACUGUCAUGGAACUUUACACAGUCACGUUCUCCAGGGGAUGAAUCCUCUGACUUUUCAUGUAGCCCCACCACCAGGUCAAACUUCACACUUGCCCAAGGCUUCACUUCCUCUGAACCAUCUCUUUAACUGGAUUUAUUGAGAUGAAUGCUAAUGGGGCAUGCUAACGUGCUAACACUUUAUAUUGGGAAAUGUUAAAAUACUUGAACAAAAUAAACAAGUUGUAAGAUGUUUGU